AUGAUAAAUUUCAUCCGGGAUUCCCCGGAGUUUCGUCCGCUCACGUUCUCCGUGAUCCUGCCAGAGUUUCAAUCGAGCCUCGUCGAUUUUCUCCUCGAGUACAUCGGCCAGAGGUCGAUCGAGGCCUACAAAGUCAGAGCCAGAGACCUGUCCCUGAAGACCACUUGGAUCAAUCGCGUCAGACUCACUUGGGUCUUCGUGAUCCACGAUCUCUCCAGCCUGAACAUCUUCAUCUACUGGCAGAGGGAGAUAUGGAAGUCCGGGAGCCAAUAUCUGAUCGUUUUCAGCAACGAACAGGUCGUCCUACCUUGGCGAACGAUCUUCGGGAACUUGUGGAAGAAAUACAGGGUCUACAGGAUUGUCUUCAUCUCUGUUCAAGAUGAUUAUGGUUGCUUGAUGAAGUACAUGCCUUUCGAGGGGUUUGCGAACGGUUUUGGCAGUGUGCACAGGUUGUGUUUGCAGAGAAACUCUGAGAAUUCAGUGGAGAAUGAUUUGCAGGAGGAAGUGUUGCAUGGAGGUACGAAGUUGUUCGAGGAUUUUCGAAAUUUGAACGACUAUCCUAUGAACGUGAUUGUCUUCGAGUCUCUGUUGAUGAACGUUUCCUACGAUAAAGGUAGAUUGAGACUAGCCAAGCCAGACGCAAACGUGGUGUUCACUCUGGAGAAGGCUAUGGGAGCGAAGUUCCACAUAAAAGCUACGAGGAAGAUCGAGUUCAAGGGAGAUCCCUUCGCCAGUUCUCUGCAGAGCGUAGAAACAGGAGAUGUCGAGAUGGUCGUCACCGGUUUCUUCGUCAAAGUCUACGCCAAGUUCCGCCAAUUCCAAUUCACCUGUGCAGUCUACGAGGACAAACUCUGCUUCCUCUCUCCCGACUCCGGCCUGGUACCCAAGGCCUACAUGCCUUUCUUGCCCUUCCAAAAGGAUCUAUGGGCUCUCCUGAUGCUCUACAACGUUCUAAUAACGCUUCUAUGGUUCCUAGUGAAGUACAUCAACGAAACACUCCUAAAACCGACAAAUUCCCUCGAGAAAAAGACUCUUCACACACCUGUUAACCUCAAAUCGAACACACCGAUCGUUCGAUUCUCCAGGAACGAAGCAGCCUAUCAAUUUAAUCACUCCAGAAGAUGUUCAACGAAUACAGAAUCUCACUUCCCGAGAGAUCCUCGAACGCUCAAUUUACAAUCUUGUUCCUCGAGAGAUCCUCGAGCCCUCGAUCAGCAAUCUCGCAUCUCGAGAGAUUCCCGAAUGCUCAAUUUACCGAACCGAGCGCCGCCGGAAAUCCCCGGAUACGCGACGAAGCUGUUCACCUUCGUCGAGCACCUCUGUUACCCUCUCCAAGGCGGAGAGACGUCGACGCAGAGAGCUCUCCUCUUCGGCACGCUUUUCUUCGGUCUCAUAGUGAACGGUCUCUACCAGAGUUACCUAGUCUCCAGCCUGAGCAAACCGUUUCACUAUCCCCAGAUGCACACCCUGGAGGACGUUCUCGACUCCGGGAAGAUCGUGGUCACCAGAUACGCGAACCUGAAGAACGUGUUCCUCGACGAUUCCGCGCAGGACAUGAGGCUGUACGAGAGGAUCAACGUGAUGAACUCUCGCGGAUCUACCAAGGAUUUCGUCGCGUACGGGAAGAAGAUCUCUAUCACCCGGUAUUACACGAUGAUGCUGCAAGAGUUCUCCUACUACGACAAAGAGGGGAAUCCUUUGGUGUAUCUGGUGGACGAGUGUCCGAUGAACUACAGAGUCUCGUACGUGUUGAGAUUCCAUUCGCCGUACGCCGAGAGGGUGGAUUUCGUUCUGUUGAGACUCGGAGAGGCUGGAUUGCUGGGUUCGUGGAUGGAGAGCAUGGUCUAUCCGAUUAGAAUCGGGAGAAUCAGGAGGAAAUUGGAGAGUGAAAAGAGGAGGAUCAGGCUGACGCUCGAGCAUUAUUCUCUAACGUUUUUACUGUUGUUUCUUGGUCUGCUCGGCUCGGCGACGAUCUUCUUCUGGGAGGUGUACGCGGCGAAACGGAAUGCGAGGAGACGUUGA